CCUGCCCAAGCGCGCCAUCUGGAGGAUUCCAGCGCCAACCCGGUGGAUUUCAAGCCUUAGUGUUCCGUCCCCCACGUGGACUUGCUUCGUCCUGGACCCGCCUUCAACAUGGAUCCGCCUCCAUCGAAUGUCGAAGAUUUGCGUCAAAACCUUCUGGUCGCGGCUUAUCAACGAUUUGCUUCCCCCAAAGCCCAAGAAGCCCGUGGAGCCCAUCGCUCAGGCUCGAUUGAAGGCUCUGAAGGCGGAUUGGCCCCUCAUCUCCGGAUUGUGGAUGUGUAUUCGUUGAACGAAGGUCCGGCUAGUUUUCCCAUUGAGUUGACCAGUGAUUUCGAUGGGUCCUUGGAAGUAGAACGAGGCGAUCUCGUGAGCAUUUCCGAUCACGAGAGGAAGCCGGAAAAGAAGGAAAAGAAGGAAAAGAAGAAGGCCAAAGAGAAUGAAGACAAGGAUUUUGAAAGCCAGAGAAAGGACAUAUUGGAAUGCAUGCUAAGAAAGGAAAGGGAUGUCGUGUCGUACGAGACUAAAAAGAAGAAGAAGAAGAAGAAGGAAAAGAAAAGGGAACAGACGGAAAACCUUCCUAAUGAUGGGAUGGCAGCUAAUGUCAUGAACAUCUCCAAUGACUCGUUGGAGAAAGUCCAAGAUGAAGGCCGUACAAAUAAAGGCAAGAAGAAAAGGAAAAGAUUAUAUGAUGCACAUGUGGGAGAACCAUUGGAGAUCUCUCAAGACAGCCAGUCAUCAGAAGCAGUUAUGAAUGAAAAUAUUGGUCAGUUAGCUAGUCACACAAUGGCAAAGAAGACCUUGAUGGUCCCGCCAGAUGAGAACGUUCCUGAUGAAGGUGUCAAAAAGAAAAAGAAGUCUAUUCUCCGUCAAGAGGAUCAAUCUGGCCCAAUCUCACAUGUAGAGGUAUGCCAGAAAAAGAAGAAAAAUAAAAACGAAUCUGGCGUAGUACCUUUGGGUCUAUGCCCAGUGGAGGAAAAUGAUCGGGUCCUCAAUGAAGCCAUUAUUCAGAAAGUAAAGAAGGGAAAAAAUAACAUAUUUGAUGGAGAACCUCUUGCCAAUGUGCAAAUUCAGCAGUCUGAAACUGCUCCCAAAGACAAUGCAACGCAAUCGGUGAAGGAGAGCCAGAGCAAGAAAAAGAAAAAGUCGGAAAAGGAUCGUGUGGAUAUCGCCCCAGAUGAUGAAGAAGUAAUACUGGAAGACGCCCCUUUCAAACACCCAUUAGAAUAUGAGCCAAUCUCAUUAAAAACGAAAAAAUCGGGUCAAAGGAAAAAAAUAUCCGAGUGUGAUUUAAUUGAAAAGCCGAACCCAACACCUUCAAAACUGAUUGAAAACGAAGCCUCAGAAAACCUGCCGGACAUCUUGUCACAAGAAAGUAUUGAGAAUAAUAAGACAAUUAGGAAGAAGAAGAAGAAAAAGAAACGGUCCAAAGGAGUACAAGAAUGGGAAAUCUCCGACUUUACCCCAUCUGAAAAGUCAAUGAAAGAAAGCAUAAAUCAUCACUCUCCAGAAGCACCAGGACAGGAUGCCAUCAACCUAUCUGGAGUUGAAGAACCACCUCUAAAAAAGAAAAAGAAGAAGAAAUCCAAAGAUAGGGCCGACAAUGAUCCCUUGGAGAACCCUUCAUUUACCUUGUCUGAGGAGUGGCUCCCAAUCGCCAACAAGAAUCGAUCUCAAGAACCUUUGGAAGAUGACCUCAAGACCACGUCUGAAGUUGAUGAACCACGUCCAAAAAGGAAAAAGAAGAAGAAAUCCAAAGAUAGGGCCGACAAUGAUCCCUUGGAGAACCCUUCAUUUACCUUGUCUGAGGAGUUGCUCCCAAUCGCCAACAAGAAUCGAUCUCAAGAAACUCUUCUUGAAGAUAAUUUCAAGACCAGUUAUGAAGUUCAAGAACCGCCGCCUCUAAAAAAGAAAAAGAAGAAGAAGUCCAAAGAUAGGACUGAGAAUGAUACCUUGGUGAACCCCGCAUCACCUGAAGAGCCGCUUUCAAGAACGAAAUUGACAAAGAAGAAGAAACGAUCGCAAGAGACGGCCAAAGAUGUGGCUUUAGUGGAAAUUGUUAUGCCUGAAGAGCUUUCUCCGAUAAAGAAAAAGAAGAAGAAAUUGAAGGAGCGAAUUCAAAAUGAUACCUUGAAGAACCCCAAUCCUGAAAUGGACGAGACUCCAACCGAUGUGUGUGUUCGAUUGAAGAAGCCAAAACAGGUCACUUCAAAAGACUCACUAGAGAAUGAGUCCUUAGUGUCCGUGGCCAAGAAAAAUAAAACCCCUCUGGAAGCUCCAAAGAGGAAAAAAAAGGCCAAGAAGUCCAUUGAAAUUCCAAUAGAAAUAGAGGGAGAACCUGCCAAGAAAAUGAAGAAAUCAGAGGGCAGGACCGUGUUUGAAUUCGUUACAAACCAACCAAUCACGGAAAAGAAUAAAAACCAAACAGAUGAUGAAGCAAGUUGUAAGCCUCGAGAAAAGUUCCACAACAAGAUGAAGAAGAAGAAAAAGACCAAGGAAAAGAAUAAGAUCCCUACAGAGCAUGAGUUGAUUUCGGGAGAAGAACCCGAAAGUAACACAGACAAUGGAUUGACUAAAAAGAAGAAAAGAAAGACGAAAGCACUUGUUCACGAAGAUUCUACUGAACCACCUGAAAAGAAACAAAAGAAGGCUAUCGGUACCCAUGAAACUAUACCACCUGAAGAAUCCCAAUCCCUUGGAAAUGUUUCACUUGGCUGUGUUAUGGAACCAAUAGACCCAAAAAAGAAAAAAAAGAAGAAAAAGAAGAAGAACGUGUCAAAGGAAAACCAGGAUGAAACCAUGGGAUGGGGCUCCAUUUCGCGUAUUGAAAAUCCCAAAAGAACGGAACAAAUGUGUGCCUUAAACCAAUCAAUUGAAGAUCCAAUGUCCGACCCUAAUAUGAAAGAGGGUGGAACUAAAAAUAAUGCGUCAAUGGAGUCCAAUGCAAACCCUAAGUUGUUCUCCAAUUCAGAAACAAGAACAGGAAAUGAAAGUAAUAGUCUAGAAGGUGCAGAUAGGGUGGGACACUCAAAUAAACCCGACAAUCAGUCGGUGGGUUCCGUGGAACAUGUUGAUUCCAUGAUAGAGGGACGAAUCCAAAAAGAAGUAGUGGAGGAAAAUAGGGCACCCUCCAACUGCGUUAAUCCAGAAACCGGAGUGGAUAAUCAAGACGCAAGUCAGCCUUUGGGUUCAGUAGAAAACGGAUCGGUCCACAUGGAGCAAAGUAUUUCGUCUAAUGCCGAAUCAAGACUGGCAAUUGAAAAACCUGAUCAAACCUGUGAUUCAAUGGAACAUGGACCAACCUCUGUGGAACAAAGGAUGGAACUCUCAACAUCCUCGAGUCAAGACACAAAAAUGACCAAUGUCGAACCAACUAUACCUUUGAUUGAGAGAUUACCCGAAAGAGAACCCUUGACUGAAGUACAAGAUGUGGAACAACCCUCAAUUUCCUUCAGUGCCAGUGCCUCGUCCAACACAACAAUUGACCAAGGAAGACUCGUGAAGACGCCAAAGCGAGUUCCAGGUCCCAGUAAAAGUGAGCAAGUGACCUUUGAGCCUGAAACGGCGGAUAGCAUCUCAGAUAAUGACACGAUUCGAGGUCGGUUAGAUGAGGUGGUCAAAGGUCUUUGCAUUGGAUCAUCCAGUGACUAUGAGCCCUCUUUAUCUUCUUAUCGAUCAUCUAAUUCCUCAAGUCCCCAAAGUGUAUUACUUAACGAGGAUGAGAGGUCCGACCCAAAUGCAGAGCCAUUGGCCGUUCCAAAUACUCCUCCUGAUGCCAUUGACGCUGAGCCAGAUGCCGUUGACGAACCUGUCGAAGAAAAUGAGGAAGCAUCCCAAUCGAUAAUCCCGAAAAAUGUUGCUCAAGAGAGGAGCGUGAUUGAAGGUUAUCAAGACUCUUCGGACGAGGAACCAGUCAUCUCGAGGACUCGGAGCGAUUGGCAAGCUGCUGAUGGCCAGUUAAACGAAGUAUGGAACCGCUUCAAUGAGCGUCUGGACAAUGAAACCGCCCUCAAUCCCCCCACCGAUCCCAAGACCCCCGCCUCCAACUCUGAGGGCGUGACCGAUGAGCCCGACGAUGACAACAACACCUUCGAACAUCUUGCUGAGAAGCGGCGUAAACACAGAGAGAAAAUAGCCCAAGGCUCAUCUUUGAAGAAGUAUCGCUUUAGAGCCGAUACGAUCUUGGAGGACCUUUUGAGCAUCUCGGAUUCGGAAGAGAUUCCAAACCAUUCCGUGGCUAAGCCCACGCCCAGAGAUAUCAAGGAAACUUUGCCUUUGGACGCCGUUAUCAAACUUCCCACCUUCAAAUCACAGUCAUUUCCAUCCGUUGCAAAGAUGGUCACGUUCGUGUUCAAUGAGAACAUUCGAUUACCUCCGUUGAACCAAGAGGAGGACCCUGCACUCGUCAGAAGGGCAUUUGGGUCCCGAUUGAAGAAGCUUGAAUCCCAGUAUCCCUCAUUCAAGCAUGGCUUCUUCAGCGAUAUCGAGGAUGAAGUCAUUUUGUUGAGAUUCGGCAAACUCAUCCGAGUACUUCAAUUCACUGUCAAGGAAUCUCAAAAUUUGGUCCUGGCAUUGACCAACUACCGCAAAGGCGGCCAGACAGCUGACCGAAAGAAGGCCCGAUCUUACUUGUCCGCCUACGUGGGACUUCCUUUGCUCCAUUAUCGUCGAUUGGCCGAUAUCUUCCAACGUGUGACGUUCCUCCUCACCCGUGAGAGUGAGGCUACCCUUUUUAGUCCCGAAACAAUCAAGAAGAUCGUUCAAUUCUUCAACAAACACGGCGUGGACAAAGUCGGCGAAUGUCGGAAAGCCGCCGGAAUCAAUCCCAUUGUCGGGGAUCACGUCAUUCAUGACAUGUAUUGGCAGCAUCGGAUCAUCAAGAACGAUUUGAAGAAGCCAUUGCGGAGGUUCACACGAGAAGAGUCCUAUUAUGUGUUGUACAAAGUCCUGAAGCAAGCCAAAACGUAUGAUGUCAAAUCCAUCGAAUCAUCCGAAAUCAAUUGGCACAAGGUAGCCCACAAACUGGCCCGCAUUCCCACCACAUGUCACCGGCACUGGGAAACCCGCAUCAAGCCCAUUAUUUUGACUCACUUGGCGGGUGAAGACUGUUUGGAAAUGUCUUGGAAACUUAGAUUCUACAAACAAGUCUACCAUGAUCCCAAAGUCUUCCACCGAAGUAACAUCAAGUACAAAGACUUGGUGGACAAAUACUUUCCAAACCAAACAGUCAUGGUAUUGCAACGUUGUAUGGAUAAUGAUUUCCUAAGGACGGAAAAAGCCUUGCAAAUCGAGCGGACGAUGGCUAAACUCCCACCUUUGAGUUUCAAGGAGAGCUUGGCGAUCUUCAUUAAGAGAUUUGGUGAAUCUAAGAACACCAAAUGGGACGACUAUCAUCUGAAGCACAUGGAAGGCAUCAUUAGCUGUUAUGGGGAGCUCAAAGACACCAUCGACUUUGAGGAUAGUGACGAUGAGGGACCCGACUUCACCAAGGAUAAGGUCAAUGACGUCGUCAAUGAUUCCUCAUGCUCGAACUAAUUCCAUCAUUUGCAUUCCCAAAGAAAUCUUUUCUAACUUGUGUCACGUUGAAAAAUAUAUACUUGGAGCGGAAGUGCAUACAA